CGUUAAUGAGUUUAUCGUUUUGAGAUUAUCGUUUAAUAAAAUGUCUAAUGUUGUUCAGAUAAAGACUAAGCAUUGCAAAGUUCAAACAACCUUUGGAUACAAACAAACCAAGCUAAACCUCGACAGUCAAAGCAAUAAACAAAGUGAUGAAAGCAAGGCAAAGGGCGAAUAUAAAAAAUCGAAGCGACAGCAAGACUCUUCGGGAAAAGUCUGUAGUCAGGCAGAGCCUGUGAAAAGCGAGAAAGAAGUUGUUCACGAGGUCCCUGCCAUUGUAACUUCACCAGAGAUCAGAAGAGUAAUGGUCAAAGAAGGUGUUACGAAAGUUGUUAUUGAUCUUGAGACGACUUCCCGAGCGGAAGACGCUGAAAUAUGCCAAAUCGCAGCUACAGAUGGGUCAGACGAGUUCAAUAUAUACAUUAUUCCUAGAGGAUACGUAACAUCUGGUGCUACGGCUGUCAAUAAACUCCGGAAAAGACGCGGGGCAUUAUACCAAGGUAGAGAGCGUCUGAAGGCCGUCUAUCUAAACCAGGGUAUCGCAAGAUUCCUAGCAUGGCUUAAAAUGAAGACACCGAGUUUACUGAUUGCACACAACGGCAGGGCAUUCGACGCAAAACAUUUGAUCAAUGCGAUCGCCUCGUGCAAGCAGAUGUCAGAAUUUUCCCAGGCGGUGAUUGGAUUCUCGGAUUCAUUGACCGCUUUCCGCGAACUGUUCCCGGAAAGGAAGACUUACAAACAGACAGAUUUAGCGAAAGAUCUUCUACGCGCAACAUAUAAUGCGCAUAACGCUCUUGACGACGUAAGGAUUCUUCAAAAGCUUGUAUCUAAAUUUAUAACUAAUGACAUGCUGUUAAAGCACAGUUUUACGGUCUUCUGGUACCGCGAUUAUUUAUCCUAUUCUCAAAUGACCCAGGAAAAUAUGAAAACAUUAAAGCCUUUAGUCAAGGCAGGAAAGGCUUCUGAAGGAAUGGCCGCAAAGAUUGCCGGAAGUGGACUGAGGAUGAGUCAUUUGGAGUUUGUUUACCGAACCGGGGGGGUAGAACGUCUUCGCGAGGUUUUAACUGAGCUCCACGGGGAAAAGCCACGCGUGACCAACAAUAAAAAAAUUCAGACUGAGAUCUGCAGUUUCUUCACAGAAAUCACGAAGGAAUAAAAUUUCGAGAAUAGACAUUCGAUUGGUGAGAAAUCAUAGAAAUUUUUCAUACAUUGUUCAAAUAAACAUCUUAUUUUCGUAUACGAUUAGUAAAUUUUACAGCUGAUAUCAUCAAUCGAAACAUAUUAAAACGGACCCGAGUCCUACUAUGGUAAUGAAAACAUAUUAUAUCGUGUAGGCCAUAUAUUUGGCACUAUAUUUAACAAGUAUUGCACGUGUGUAUAACGAAAUGCAUGUUUAUCCAAUUAAGUUAACGUUUUGAGUUUAUUUAAUAAUAAAGCGACUUUAACAUGCGUAAGAUUAUGCACACAAAUUUCAGACUACUGUAAGUAAUAUUUAAACUUUCUUAAUACCUGGGACAAGUCUAGCGAUUUCUGCCUUGUAGGCUACCUUUUUACCAAUGCAAUAGGGACACCUAGAAGUGAUUGGGGUUAUAAGUUUCUUAAUUACAUGAUACAAUUAGAAGCUAAAGUCGCGUUUACAUUAUACGUGCUUUGACCAGGCCUAUAGGCCAAGGAGUGAACGUUAUUUAUCUGCCCUGGACCAGGUCGAGGCACAAACUCCAGGCCAAUAGAAGGUGACCUGGACCUGAU